AUGUCCUCGAAAAUCCACAAGUACAUAAUAACCGCCACAGAAUACACCACAAAAUGGGUUGAGGCGAUACUUCUCAAAGACUAUGCCGGGGCAACUAUUGCAGCAUUCAUCAAGGAAUACAUCAUCUGCAGAUUUGGCGCGCCCAUGAUCAUCAGAGCAGAUAAUGCAAAAUCAUUUGUAAACAAAGACAUCAUAGAUUUGUUGCGCCAAUAUAAUGUAAGGCUUCACACGUCCACCCCGUACUACCCUCAGGGAAAAGGGCAGGCAGAGGCAAGCAACAAGACGUUCAUCCGGAUCCUGAGUAGGACAGUGGAGGACCACCAUAGAGAAUGGCAUGAACAGCUCCCGCUCGCGGUAUGGGCAUACAGAAUCUCGAAACGAAGCUCCACGGGGGCGUCGCCAUAUUCUCUGGUCUACGGGGAAGAUGCGAUACUGCCGGCAGAGAUUGUCAUUCCAUCCGCGAGAGUAGCAAUGGCUAGUCAUAUGACACCGGACAAGCUCGCAGAAGCUUGCAAUCGUUUGCUAGAGGUAGAGAAGCAAGUGGAUGAACUCAAGGAGGAGAAUGUGAAUUUAGAUGGUGAACUUGCUGGUAUUGAGGCUCGUCAUGAGGCGGCGCUAGAGGCUGAGUGUGCUGACUGGACCAAGAGAACUGAUGAUCUUCAUGCUGAAUAUGGAAAGAAGAUAAAAGACGCGUACAAGGCUGGUGUCCGUCGCGAACGUCAAAGAGCUGCCGCUACUACUUCCAAUAUCGUGACUCCUGCUCAGACCCUUAUUGAAGAGCCUGUCCCUGCUGGUGGUCCAUCCGAGGGUUUAGAGAAAAUCGUUGAACAAGUUUAA